GAUUUUUUUUUUUUUUUUUUUUACCGUGACAAGGGAUGGGAAUGCUUUUGGACGAUCAAGUAGAGCACAAAUAAGAGUGAAAGCAGCUGAAGUGAUCCAUAAUUUCUAAUAAGCAAUAGCCAUGCCUACUGCCUCUCCCCUUAUCUUAGGCGCCUUGUCCCCCGUUGCCGCGCCGUCCUCAUUCCCUCCAACGCCCCGCCAUUCAAAAUGCAACGUCUCCCUGAAACCCAAAAAACUUUGCCUCUCACGCAGAGACGCUGCUUUGCUUUUAUUCCUCUCUUUGUCUUCUCCUUCGCCUGCCUUCGCCCUUGGAAUUUCUGGACCCAAGGAUUGGUUGAAAGAGCAAAAGAAGAAGGCCUCUAGCUUCCUGUUGGCUCCUGUCGGUGCCUCCCGUGAAAGCCUUCGUUCUGCCUAUCUCUUGCUCAUGGAAAGCGAUGCUGAUUACACGGACCAGGAUUUUGAGAAAUUUUAUAAUCUCUUUAGGUCUGCUGCUAGGGAUUGCGUUCCGCAGGAGAGAAAUUCUUUCGUCACUUUCCAGGCUAACACUGGAGUCGAGGUAUGCACAUUUCGAUUGAUAGUGAAGAAUGCAGCCUCAUUGCUUGGAAGUAAAGAUCCUGUAAAGUUGAAAGCCGAAGCCUUGCUGGAUGACCUAAUAAGAUCUUUCACCUCUGUCAGUGGCCUGGCAGGCGAAACCACUUUUAAACUUGCUUCUAAUAGAAAGAUAGCAGAUGCUGUGGAGGAUACACUAUCUUCUCUUGACAAAUUUGAGCAGGGAAUCAAGGAUUGCCUUGAAAUCUGACUGUUAAGGGUAGCCGUAGCCGGUAGUUUUGCUUCUCUUCCUUAAAGUGGAAAGUCCAAGUUCUAAUGAUUAUGGAACUGAUGGAAGUGCCAUUAGGCUGUAACAUGUGGAUGAUAUUAUGUGCACUCCCCCUCCCCCUCCCCCUCCCCCUCCCCUCUUAAUCGGGUAAUUGUUGAUAUCUGCCAAAGGCAAGGUUGAAUGCUGUGAAAGGCUGGGAUAUAAUCUAUUAAUUUUGGGUAAUAUCAAUAAAAAAAAGGUUAUCUAUCAUCAUGAA